AACAAGGGCAAUACAAAAUGGAGCAGUACAUCUCCAAUCCCGAAGAUCCAGGCACUUAUACAGAACUCAGAGAGUUUCGAUCGCAGGAGGGCUAUCACCUGAUCGCUACAGUUCCCCUAACUACAAAGUUCACGAUCGAAACGAUUACAAAGCUUCCAAAGGGCACACAAGUCAACCUUACUUUCUACUGCAUUGCAGACAAGCCGACACUUGAGAUCUACUUCUUGUAUGCAAAAGGCUCUUAUUAUUACUGGUGGGCACAGCAGAAGGACACGGGUGACUUUUGCUACGUGAGCAAUAAUGGCAAGUCUGGUGAACAAAGGAACCACCCCCUUCACAAUCCGACGAAGAAAGGAGGGUACAUCAGCUUAACAAUUCAAAGGACCGGUGAAGGCGCGACAAAUGUUUACCUCAACGGAAUAUAUAUUGCUUCACGCGCUGAAGUAGAUGAACUGUCAUACUUCUACAAUAACAAACCCUUCACAGGACUUAUGCUGACGGAGUUCCAUAUGACUAAAUGGUAUAAUUACGUCGGUGAAACUGAAGUCUUCAAGGAAGGUGUAGCCCACAGCGUACCCCUAGCGGACAUCGGGAGACUGGGUAUUGGAUCUGUGGUGUCAUUUACUGUCACUUCCAAUGACGAGCACAGCACCAUCAGUAUGCAGUUUAUAAGGCAUAGCGACAGGGAAAGCGAUACGAACGAUACUGCACGUGCCGCCAACAUGGGUGUAGCUCCACGAGCCAAUACGGAGAUAAAAGGAGUUUGCAAAAUGGCGACGUUCACAGCUACAAUCUGGAGCGACCUGCGACAGACUCCCAUCAUCUUCGACAACAAUGAAAUACUGGAAAAUCUGGAUAUUGCCAUAAACAACGUCACGUACAAGGAUAUAGUAAUGGAUGUAGGCCUCGUUCAGUAAUAGCUACUGGAUUUAAGACCCGGACCCUCCUGUUCAGUCUACACGGAACACGAACAAAGAGUGCUUGAUUGUUUCCUACAAGUCGGACCAAUAAAGUUUUCACACCGACGAAGUUGAUCA